AAUGAAUGUCAACUUGACAGAUGGAUGUCAUUCUCUCGUCUCUGUCUCCGGGUCUUUUAUUAAUUUCAAUUACCAAUGAGUCCGUAAAAUAUUUAAACCCGCAAUAAAAAUGAGGUGACGUGGGUGUUGUAAAAAGAUAAAAACAGAUGCAUUCCAUUUCAUAAAGUCCUCGAAAGUAAUAUUUUCAAGCCAGAAAAAUGGCCGGUGCUCCAGUCAAGUUAGGUUCAAUUUUAUCAUUUUGUGUUAUUCUUUACGCGGUGUAUUACCGUAAAAGUGAAGAGACAGAUCAAAGGCUGUUGCCGGUAAAAGAUCAUCUUUUAGAUUUGGAAAGCAAGAAUUUAGUUGGUGUGGGAAGUUGGCAGCCAAAAGUGGCACUUGGGUACGGAGCAUGCCAUGAUCUCUUUGUGAAUGCCACAUUAUUACUGAAUUAUAAAGACUUGAGAGGGAAUCCUGAACAUUUCAAUGAAAUUGCUAAUAAAGUCGAAUUCUUAAAAAGCUUUUCAUAUUUCUUUAAGCAUGGAGCUGCAGCAGAGAGAUUCAUGUCCAAUUCCAAGUUGUAUGAUGAUCUGAUUGAGGAAGCCUUAAAGCUGCCAGGCACAAAAUGGGCCCUAGGUGGCAAUGCCCCACUCAUGGCCAGAAGGUUUUUCAUUGAAGGGUGGAAAGUGCUAUUUGCCGCAAAGAUGAGUGAAAAGCUCAAGUCAUACAUUCCAGAUGGUAUACAAAUAGUUGGUGGUACUGAAGGGGAAGAAGUAAAAGAUGACAUUCAUAUGAUACUGGAGUACAAAGCAGAUGAGAAGUUUGGCACUUACUCUGCUCCAAGAGCAAACAGAUAUAUUUUGCAUAAUGAUGAAAAUAAUCCAUUACUGAGUUCCUUGGAAAAAUUUGGUGAACACUUGCCAAAAUUUAAUCCUAACUUGCUAGUCAUUAGUGGACUUCAAAUGAUGGAUAAUUACCCAUUUAAGAAAGAUGAUAUUAUAGAUUUGAGAGCUGAAAGACUUAAAUUAGUGAAAGAACAAAUAUUAUCACAGCCAGUGACGACACUUGCCCACUUUGAGAUGGCUAGUUAUGUGGACUUAGACUUGUUACAACAUCUCACGACCAAGAUCCUGCCUUAUGUAGAUUCUGUUGGCAUGAAUGAGCAGGAGCUGGACAACUUGAGUAAUGUUUUAGAACACGGCAAAGUUAGUGUCAUUGCAGAUUCUAAUCCCAGAGUAGCCACAGCCUUGGACCAAAUGCGUAAAAUUUUUAAACUAGUCAGACAAAAGAACAAAGAAAAUGAAAGCAACCGUAAGUUGACUCGCAUCCAUGUGCACACGCUAGCAUAUCAAGCUAUACUCACUGUUAAAAAUUCACAGUGGAAGCGAACGGAAGCAGCGGCUGCGAAGGCAUCUUUAACUGCUCACAGAUAUGUUUGUAAUAGCCAAAUUGUUAAAGUUGAAAAGACUAAGCUGUUGCUAGAUGAUAGUUUUUCAACAACCACAGAUAACAGUAACAUUAGCAGAGUAUUUUUUGAGCCAACAAAACCAGUCUCAUGCUGGGAGGAAAUCAUUGAUGGGGUACACAUAGACCUGUGUGUGGCUCCUGUGCUGAUUUGCACAGAAGCACAGUUGACAGCAGGAGCUGGGGACAAUAUCUCUGCUGCAGGACUGGUUCUGCAGGUGGAGAAAUGAUUUUUUACUACUAACUACUCAUAUGACAUCUUUAAAUUAAACAUAAGUAUGUAUUGUGAACAAUUAGCAUAAUAAUUAAUAAUUUUUACAUUUUGUAGUGCCCAAAGUUACAGCAGAUAUUUUAUUUACCUAAAUUAUUUAUUUAUUUAUGUAGCUUUAUCAGCUUAUGAAUACAUUUAUCAUUGCAGCUUAUCUAAAAAUGUGCCAUUUGUUUUAAAUAAUUCCUUUAGUUUAAAUACAGUAACAUCAAAUAGUGCACUAAGCCUACAGUAGCCCUUCAAAAUAAUAAUAAUAUAUGUAUUUUAUAGCUUAAAUUAUUUUGAGCUUGCCGAAAUAUUUUUUCAUUCCAUACAUUUAUUAAGGUAUCGGGAUUUGUUAUAAGAGGAAUAAUCCCUAAUAUUUUAGGGCACAAUAUGUUAUAUGUGGUGUUUUAUUAUAAUUAUUUUAAAAAGCUUUUAUAAUUAUUGUCUGGUGGCGGUGUUAGUGUGAUCAUUUUUAAAUUUGUUAUUGUUGAGGCUUUAUACAUUCCCGAAAUUGUAUUGAUAUUUGUGAUCUGAAGUUUUUUUGGAUAGAAAGAAUUUAAUAAAAUUAUAAUAUCAA